AUGGCAAAUAACGUGAUCAAGAUCUCUCAGAUCAGCCCAUCAACAAAACUGGUCGACCCUCUCAUUCUCCCACUCACUUUCUUCGACUUAAUGUGGCUAAAAGAGGAUCCUACGAACCGUGUCAACUUUUACAAACUCACCGAGUCAUCUAGCGACACCUUCUACUCCGAGAUCCUCCCAAAGCUCGAGCAAUCGCUUUCUCUUGUCCUCACACACUUUCUUCCUCUCUCCGGUCACCUCAAGUGGGAACCAAAAGAUCUUAAGCCGCACAUCGUCGUCCUCCCGCAAGAUGUUGUCACUCUCACAGUGGCCGAGACCGACGCCGAUUUCUCUCGUGUUACCAGCAAAGGGCUACGUCACCAGACCGAGUUACGUGCUCUGGUGUCCGAGCUACCGGUUUCCUCUGACUCAGCUUCCAUUCUAACGCUUGCGAAUCACUUUUUUCCUGAAGCAAGGCUUUUGCAUCGGAACCACAAUCCACCAUGUUGCUAUGGACGGCAAAACCGUGAUCGUACGGUGAUCAAUCUUCCAACCGAACUCGAAUCAAAGAUCUUCGAGUUCCCGCCGUAUCUCUCAGAGGAGAAAGCCAACGUAAGAACCCUAAAGGUUCCUCCGACCAAAGAGAUCAAAGAUCUCGUCAGGAUCACCCUCGAGAUGACUCAAGAGAACGUGGAGAAACUCAGAGAGCGAGCCAAAAGCCACGAGUCAACUCUCUCUGAUGAUCUUCACUUGUCAACUUUUGUUAUCACGUACGCCUAUGUAUUGACCUGUAUGGUGAAGGCACGUGGAGACGACGAAGACAGACUAGUUCCUUUCACGUACGUUGCUGAUUUCAGAGAACGGUUAGACCCGCCGGUUCCUGUGACCUACUUUGGGAACUGCGUGUUACCUAUCAAUCUCAAUAGAGACAAAGCGGAGACGUUUUUGGGAGAAGAUGGAUUCGUAAAUGCUGUAAAGAUUCUAAGUGAUUCCGUUAGAGGUUUGAAGGCUGAGUCAAUAUGGAAGUUGUAUGAGGCAGGGUUAAAAAAGAUGGAACUAGGUCUACAGAAGCUUUCCGUUACCGGGUCAACCAAGUUUGGGAUGUACGGGUCGGAUUUUGGGUGGGGAAAACCCGUUAGUACUGACAAUGUAUCCAUCAGCCAAGAACUUCUUUUCUCUAUGUCGGAGAGGAGGGACGAGACCGGUGGUGUGGAGAUUGGCAUGUGUUUGAAGAAAUCUGAAAUGGAUGUUUUUGUUUCUUUAUUUCGAAAUGGAUUGGAAAACUAA